AUGCGUGACACGCUCCUUCGCCAUGAAGUCAUGCUCAUGAGCAUGAGAUAUCGACUUCAGUCUCUUCAAAAUAUAUUCGCAGCCAAAGAUUCCACGCCAAAACAGCUUGCAAGUACAUCAGUUCGUGACAACCAUAUUUUCGAGAGCAGUCAUGCGGCAGAUAGUCACGGCGGAAAAGGUAAAAGCGUUGAACGUAAAACGUCUGAUAGAAAAAGAUAUCUAGUCAAGGCAGAUGCCAUAUUCAAUGAAUCCAUAUAUAAGAGGGUGAAGCCAGACGAGUCUCGGUACUUUCAAUCUCUGGAGGAUUAA